CAACAACAGGAGUAGCGAUAGAUACUGGAUACUGGGCAACAGGAGGCGGCAGAAAGAGUGACACAGAGGAAAGGAGGAAAGCAGGCGAGAGAGUGAGAUCGAGGAAGGAGAGUGAUUCAGAAGGUACUGCUCCCCACCAGAAGGAAUUUUUCAGAGUCCCCACAACCUCACUUCCACCUUCUCCAGACACCAACACCCAUCCGUCUCUUCUCUCUCAUCAUUCGAGCUUCUCCAUUGAGAGUCAACCUCUAGCAUCUCUCUCGCCCCACCCUACAUGUAUAAACGAAACAAAAGUUGUGUAUGACGGGUGUUAUUUGUUUAGAGAAACAGUAGGCAAGAGAGAGAGAGAGAGAGAGAAGUCAGGUCUUAUCGAGGGAGAUAUUUGUUUAGAUAAACAAUAGGCGAGAGAGAGAGAGAGAGAGAGAGAGAGAGAGAGCGAGAGGUCAGGUCUUGUUGAGGGACAGAUUUGGGCAGUCGUUGGUGUAAGAGUGAGCCAACGAAGGAGGGGGGCGAUAAGCAAGUGGAGGGAGCAUAGAUCGGCUUUUUCUUCUCUCUAUUCUUGAUAUAAGAGCAGCCGGCGUGGCUUCUGGAAGGCGAUUUCCUUCCGACAGUGGCGCGUUCGCGGACUGGGUGGCAAACCCGGCCGCUGGCGGCAGAGGCGAUGAUCUCUGCCUCGGCUUCAAUGCCGGCUCCAGCAGAGGAGGAGGAGGAGGCGCUGGUGGAGUAGUAUGGGGUGGCCCCAGCUCUUUAUCCGCCGUCGGUGGUGGGACAAGGCAGGGCGUCAAUUACGGGUUACCCGCCGACAUGGGGAUGAUGGUGCUGGCCUCCGCCGCCUCCUUCCACCAGCAGUGCCACCAUGAGUCCCUGCUGUCCUCCUCUGCCGCGGCGGAGCAGCACCCUGUCAUUCCCCUCCUCGCCGCUGCGUCGUGCGUCGUUGAGGACGACAACCCCACCGCCCGGGCCAGGCCCGGUGGCAUCCACCUCUGGCAACCGGUCCUGCCCCAGCUGCCACACCCCCACGCCCCUAACCCUAACCCUAACCCUAACCCUAAUGCCAGCCUCGCCAAUUACCUCAGGAAGGCUGUGCCGACGACCGAUCCCAGUGGAAUUCUCCUCGGUGGCGGCGCUGCCGCCGCGGGCGUGGGAGAAUCGACGUGCCAGGACUGCGGGAACCAGGCCAAGAAGGAUUGCAGCCACCGGCGGUGCCGUACGUGCUGCAAGAGCCGCGGAUUUGAGUGCUCGACCCACGUCAAGAGCACCUGGGUUCCCGCUUCCCGUCGCCGCGAGCGCCACGUCACCGCCGCAAGCUCCUUUGCCUCCACCUCCGCCUCCAAAAAGCCCCGCCUCGUGGCCUCGCAGCCCGCGACCGCCUCCCACACCUCCACCCCGAACACCACCCCGCCUCGUAGCUUCGACACCACCUCCAGUCACCAAGACGCGGGCGCCAUCGAGAACCUCCCGGGCCACGUACGAGCGCCGGCGGUGUUCAAAUGCGUGCGCGUAACCUCCAUCGACGACGGAGAAGACGAGUACGCCUACCACGCCGUGGUCAAGAUCGGUGGACGCGUCUUCAAGGGCUUCCUCUACGACCAAGGUCUCGACGACGGCAGCCACGCUGACGAUGCCAACGACGCCAUUCCGAACAUCUCGGAGCUGCACCUCGGCAACCGACACGGUGGCUUGUCGUCGUCGCCGAUGCUACCGUCCAAUGUCUUCGGAGACGGCGGUGGAUUCAUCGGAGGAACCAACUACGGAAACCAAACAAACUGAACUCAUCGUCACUCUUCACACACACCACACACACACACACACACAUCCAAUCCUCUCACGGAGCUUAAAACUUCUAUUGCUCAUCAUCUAUCACAGAAGCCUGGAGGUAGCCAUGACGAAUGCAGGUAGUGGUGAGGGGUUUGGUUCUACUUCUUGUAACCAUAUGUGUCUUCUCUAUUGACUCAUUUGUCUUUCUUCAGUCUACUUGAGUUACUAUUAUUUUUCUUGCUAAUAAUUCUAUCUAGCAACGAUGAUUACUGCUGUC